UUAAUUAGAUUUCUCAUAGUUCUUCCCUUUUGGGAAGUCUAGAAGGAAUUUCCUAAUGAAAUCCAGAUGUUCAGUACAUCUGAAAGAAUGUUGUUGAUCCAAUACUUCUAAAAAUAGAUCAUGUCUUGUUUCUUUGAAAAUAGGGACAAUUUGUACUCAUCGAUCUGCACGAUCACAGUUUUUUCCACUCUACGAUCACACCAAUAAAAAAAUCAAAAAAUGUCUCAGAAUGUUCCUGCUACGAGAACAUCGUCAAAUUCAUGUUCUUCCAUCGUUAUAACAGCUCACUUUCUUGUGGUUGCUCAAUUCAUCUUGGGCCUCCUCCUUAUAGGAACCUAUUGGUACUCUGCAAACCAGUACAAACGCUAUGGGGAGAUUUCUCCUGCUAGUCUGGCCUUCAUCGCCAUCCCUGUGACUUUUGUUAUUGGGAACUUUUGCAUUCUGUUUGGAAGUUUGAUCUCUUUCAAUUCCGGAGGGAUUCUCUUUCGUACAACUCACGAUUUGAUCUACAACACCGUCGCCUUGAUUGCCUACUUAUCAGCCACGAUCGCGUUCUUUUCACAAUUUAUAACAACGAUUUCUUCAACUGAACCCGUUUACAAUGGCUACAUGACUGCCUCAAUUAUUGGAUUUUUCGUCUCAGGCUUUUAUUUCAUCAGUACAUAUUUUGUUUUUAAAUUCCAUAGAAUUUGUUAAAAAUGUUCAAAAGAUAAUUCAGGAAUUAUUUUUUUAUUAACUAGUAUUUGUUCUAACUGAUACAAAAAAUUGUUCUUCUAAUCAUAAAGUAAACUUGAAGAUAGGAAAUAGACUUGAAACGUCGAAAGAAUUAUUAAAUCGAUCGUACUAAAUCGUCUCCCUGAUUUUUUGUUUAACUAGCUUGUUUAACUUAUUUCUUAUAAAUAAAAUGGAUUUUCCAUUUGUAAUUUAUUUUUUUUAAAUAAUAAAUAAUUAUUUGAGAAAAAUACUUCUUUUGUAU